AUGGCUGAGGCCUACUACCCAGCUGAUAACGAGGAGGUCGAUAGCGUGGCAAGUGAUGAGGUGUACGCGUCGGAGGAGACGGACGAUGAGGAGGUGGCAGGCUCCGACUCCGAUGUACGUACGUACCUCGAUGUGAACCCGGCAUGCAACGUUACGCCGACCGCCGACAUCCGCGCCACAAUCAACGGCGUUCCUACAAACAUAGCGCCCGCCAUUCGCAGCGCGGAAAAUGUCCCGGGUGUCAACGUCCUUCGUAUCAGCCGGCUAGGUCUGAACCUGUCCACAGCCGCGGAUGCCGUGCUGUGCAUCACCCUGAAGCCGAACAGACUCGGCAGGGGCUGUACAAGUCUGGAGGACCUGUGCCCAUCGCAGCCGUCACAGUCACCGAAGCCGCCGGCACCGGCGGAUCCCGAAGACAUUACCCGCGAAACACCUCCCCCGCCUCUUUCACCCCCACCCGUUACUCCAUUCGAUUGCCCCGUCUGCCUAACCGUGCAGCUGAUUCCCCCCGCUGUGAACUUGUAUCCCUACUCCUUCGACAUGUCCGAAUGUUCCCAAGGCCUGCUCAGACUCGUUGACGGCCUCAACGGCCUGGCCCUCGCAUACGGAGCCCAAAUGACCGGUCAAUUCAGACCUGUCGACUGCAGCGACAACGCGAUGGUGGCAUGUGGCGCGUUUGCCUUCCCGGCGGAGGCUGCAAAGGUGCCGGCUGGCGCUUUGGAAGAGUUGUCGUACACCCUGCUGGACGACAUUGCUGGCGGAGGUGCUGAGUGCCAUCCGGAGUUGCAGGGCUACAGCAUCCAGGCAUACACCUCGGCAAGCUCGUGCCUGCAGCUUUCCGUCUCUAAGGACUGCGUCAUCAGCCCGCUGCCCAAUAACUGCACGUGCAAUACGACAGCUGGAGUCAUGCCGUACAAGGUGUCCCCGCGGUACAAUGUCACUGCCGUACCGGCCAGGAAGUCCAACCUCUACUGCUUCACCAUUGAGGCACUCCCAGACGGCGUGUCCCCUCUCAACGCUGCCUGCGGACCCGUAGACAUCUUGUCCAAGGUCGAGUUCUUCGCGGGGUUACGCCGUCGGAGAGUAACGCAACUUCAGAAGCAUCUCAACUGGUCCUUCCGAGCCGCCCAUAUGACACACGGGUAUGACACCAUCCGUUCCUUGGUGCGGGGCUUUGAGCUCAUCCCAAGCGUCGGCACGUCGAGAACCGUGUCCCCGACCUGGGGCCCCAAGGGUCUCAACACCGUCAAAGCUUCCCAAAUGAAGUGGAACGCCACGCAAGCCAUAGGCGGCCGAGUUUGCCUGGAGCUCAGGGAUACGACCUCCCUGGACCAAAUCUGUCUAGACGGCUCGGGAAAUCCGACUAGCCGGUGCCUUGCCAAGGCACCGGCCAGCACCGACCGGGUCGCGGCUGCUGACGCCCAGGCCUGCGUCCGCGACACCAGCCUUCCCGCGUCACAUCCAGAUGGUGCCGCUCCGCGGUCCCCAAGCUCCCUCCGAGGCGAGGAGCUGCUGAAAGCGGCCCCCGCGACCCCCAUCAUUCUGGCCCAGUCUCUGGACGAUAAGGUCGCGGAAAUUAUCGCCAGAUACAGGCUCAUGGAGGAUCGGCUGGCAGCGGUGGAGAGGCAGAUCGUGGACAUGGUACGGGAGCUCAGAGCAGCGCCGCCGGGUGCCGUACUGGCUGCGGCGGUGGCGGGACCGGUAACCGCAGCGGCGGCACCCGGGGCCGACGGCGGGGCAGGGUCGUCGUCCACAUCGCCCUCAGUUGCGGUGCCGCCGGGGCAGCAGCUUCACGGCAGCGGCGGGGCCGUCUCGUCCACCAGCGGGCAGCAAGCUGCGGCAGACCUCCUCUCCGGGGGCGGCGGCAGUCAGCAGGGUAAGGCCCGAUUGUUCGAGAUCAACCGAAUUCAGUCCGCCAUCACAGAGGUCGUUAACAGCGGCUACCUGGAGAGCGUCAAGGGGCUGCGGGAGACGCUGCUGGUCCAGGAGUGGGGGCUGCAGGCCAAGAACUGGGCCAGGCGGAGGGGCGUCAGCGCAUUUGAGGAGUGGUGCGCUGUGAACGCUCCCGAAGAGGUGUCGUACGACAUCAUCAGCGCCUUGUACGACGACCCCGAUGCGUUACACGUACUACCCACACCCCGCCUACGCAUGAUGGCCCGUGCCAUGAUCGAGCAACACACGCUUCAGGCGUACGACGAGGUAUUUCGCCGCUGUACGAGCACCGCGGAGGGUCUCGCGCGUGUGGGUUUGGGUGACCUGCUCCCCCACACGGCGGGUGUGGGCCAGGUGCUGCGGGGGCUGCUGCCGGGUGGCUUGCCCUUCCUGAGCGGGGGUUUCUGGUCGAGGGGGCUCAGCCCGCAUUACGGGGUGUGGGAAGGGACAGAGGGGAUGUGGGGGAAACGCGGAGCAGGCUCCCGGUGCGGGGUGCUGGAGGGCUGA